UUUUCCCCAUCGCGAAUUCGCGAUCGAUCGCCUCCGGCGGCUGCGAAAAAUUCUGAGCUCCCGGCGGCGCGGAGGCGGAAUGGGAGGAGGAUGGGGAGGGAUGGAGGAGGCGGUGGCGGCGAUACCGCGCAGGCAGCACCGGGUGCUGCAGCUAGCGGCAGCGCCGCGGCCGCUCGCCGCGUCCCCGCCCGCGGCGCGGCGGUACCUCCUCGCGCUCUCCGACGGCACGCGGCUGAAGCUGGGCGUGCUCGCCACGUCCCUAAACCACCUCGUCACCGGCGGCGCGCUCCGCCGCGGCACCGUCCUCCACGUCCUCGACUUCAGCAAUGGACUCAUCCAGAACAACCGGAGGAUCAUGAUUGAUAUCCAACUUGAGAUACUGCAACCUGAGUUUGCAGCGCUGAUCGGCAGUGUCAUAGAUUGUGAGCCCAAUGCAACUCAGCAUAUUGGCGUAUCCUGUUCUGGUGGUCGUGGGAGCCACGAGCCUUGCUUCAUGCCAGGUGCUCAGCAAGUUGUUUGCACUCUAAGUGCAGAACCUCCUGUGAAUAAUCUUCCGUUCGGUAAAUUUAUUAGUUCAAUGCCAACACAGCAGGUGAUGCCUUUGUCCCUUCUGGCAAUACUCAUGGAAAUCCAAUGCCACCAUCAAAUCUGCAUUCAACUCCAAUGUAUAUGCAUGGAUAGAAGCUAUAUUGCUAGGAAUGAGUCUCCUCUUUGCAUCGAAUCCUUACCAAGCCAGAUGGAAGAUCAAGGCUAGGGUAACCGCAAAGACAGGUCUUAAUUAGCACUUCACCAAUGCCAAAGGUCCUGUAAAAGACUUCUCCUUCGAUCUCCUUGAUGCAUAUGGUGAAGUUCGUGCAAUAUGCUCCUAUUUUCAGGCUUAUCUGUAUUUUCGUGCAAAUAUGUGCAUGAUAUUUCUACAAACAUCUAAAGUGUGUGAAUCUUUCGAUAACCACAUUUAGAAUAAUGAUGACAUGAUGAUUCCACGAUU